CACUUCUGGAGAAAUCAGUCAGUCGAAGGCGGGACAUUGAAGCCGUACAGAAAGCCAAAAUCCUUUAUUCAUCCUGCAUGAAUGAGAAAGCAAUUGAAAAAGCAGACGCCAAGCCCCUGCUCCACAUCUUGCGGCAUUCACCUUUCCGCUGGCCUGUGCUUGAAGCUAAUAUUGGUCCUGAAGGGGUUUGGUCGGAGAGAAAAUUCAGCCUCUUGCAAACGCUUGCAACAUUCCGUGGCCAAUACAGCAAUUCUGUGUUCAUCCGUUUGUAUGUGUCCCCCGAUGACAAGGCGUCCAAUGAACAUAUCUUGAAGCUGGACCAAGCAACACUCUCCCUGGCUGUGAGGGAAGACUUCCUUGAUAACAGUACAGAGGCCAAAUCUUAUCGGGAUGCCCUUUAUAAGUUCAUGGUGGACACUGCGGUGCUUUUAGGAGCUAAUAGCUCUCGAGCUGAACAUGACAUGAAGUCAGUGCUUAGACUGGAAAUUAAGAUAGCUGAG